GGCGGCCUGACAUUUCGGAGUUGGGGGCGCGAAGUGGCGCUUUGGUUGACUUGCAAAUGGCGCCAAGAACCGUGGGUAACCGAGAUAUGGGGGGAAACACAGGGCCUCGUCUGUGGGGCCAUGAUAACGUAGAACGGCUGGCUGAUCGGCGGCUAGGAGGAGGAGGAGGAGGAGGAGGAGGAGGAGGGGAUAUAAUUCGUCGGGAAGAAGAUGAUGAACAACGUUUUCGAAGAAUGAUGGCAGAAGCUUUCGGUGAAGCUCUCAGAGAAGCAGCGUCCAUUAGAUCAGAGUCCAUCGAACGGAGGAGGAGAGCGGCUGAAGAAGGAGCUAUGGAGGUUGCAGCGGAAGUUUACCACAAGCUAUGUUUCGAUUUUCCGUUGGUGAGCAAAGACGAGUUAUCGGCAUUAGCAAUUGUGCUAAGGAAGCAAUUGGCUAGUCAGAAGAGAAUGCCCUUCCCACUGACAUCACAGUUCGCAUCAGGAGUCAGUUAUUUGGUCACAUCACCUGGUUCCACAGCAAGUAGAGGGGCAGAAGAACAGUUGGCAGGCUUGAGUGCGUCGGCAUCAGAAGCAAGCGGAGAUAACCGACAACAGGAGGCUCAGCAUGCGAACAGGACUGACGAUAUCCAGCACCUAGCGCAGAAAGUGUUCAUGUGUGUGUUUGUGAAGUUGCCUGCAAUCUGUCUGUCCGCAUGGCGAAAGGGUGAUCCCAAUGUCAUGUUGCAGGCGUUCGAAAAGUACCAUCCGCCUUGCGAGGCAUCUCAUGUCCCAUCGGAAGAGGCAGGUUUUUCUGGAGAUGAUCAUCAGCAAUGCCAUUUGAAGAGUUCAACCAAGGGGGAGGAACAACAGAUAAGACCGGAGUUGGAGCCAGAGAACAAAACCAACAUCAGUGAGGAUGGAGGAGACGCUGGAUCUACAUCCCCGAGGGGAGUGGAGGCAUGUCAUCAACUUGCCGAAGAGGAGGAUGAUGAUGGUUUCGAGUUCGAACCCAUGGAAGAUGCCAUAUUGCCACAAUUCUCUGGGCGUACACAAGGAGCUGUUUCGAGAUCAACCCCAGAGAGAGAGAGUCGGCACCCAGAAGGGUUUGAAAUGCCAGGGAGCAGCAUGACAUUGGAAGGAGCUGCAUUCAGACUUGCAGAUCUGUCAAGCUAUGUGCGAUAUGAUGUGAGAAUCAAUCAUCUUCCCCUUUAACAUUGGUGGUCUAAUUGGUGGGUCUAAUUGGUGGCUGGGCUACCAGCAGGUCCACCGAGGUUGCCUCAGACGGACCCGGGUCGGGCCUGACUGGGUCAGGUCCGCAAAGCCACGGUCAAGGUCCCACACAGUCCCCACGCACAAAAAAAGAAAAAAAAGAAAAAAAAGAAAAAAAAGAAAAAAAAGAAAAAAAGAAAAAAAACUUUAAAAAAGAAAAAAAAGAAAAAAAAAGAAAACACUGAAUGCUGAGGGCUGCUUUAAAAUUCGUUAUGAAAUUUGGAAGUGAAACAAAACAAUGAAAACAUU